UUAAUACUUAUGCAAGGCUACAUGAAGGCACAACUUAUCUUCAGAUGAUAAAUCUGCAACAAGCAAAAGAAACCAAACAUUUCUACUGUAGUUUAGAAUGCAUUCCGUAGUGAGUCAAUACAAUGUUGGAUACACUUUCUGGUCAGCUUAGAGUCGGCAAGCUUACGGCACAAAGUGGAACUACUUCCUGUACAGUUUGUGCAGGAAUUUCAGGCUUAUACUCAGUAAUCCUCGGCGUCUGUGAGAACAAAGCUGAUUGUGUGUGUGUGACCAUACAAGUCGUACGGGACUCACACAGCAUUCCAGACACAUUCAUUUGCAGAGGUGCAACUGUUCCACCUUUGGGGUUCUCCGUCAACUCGGUGUCGGCCCCCGAGCCUGGCAUGCGUAUCAGGUGUUUGUGCUUCUUUCUUUAUCUGACCAGGCGUCGUAGAAAAGAAACAAAAAGUUCUUCCAAUUCUUUGUGAUAGCGGCAAGUACAUUUUUACCUCAUUAAAAAUCCAGAGACUUGUCCAAAACCUCUAAUCUAUGACCACCCCUCCACCUCCCUCCGCCACCCUCUCACGCCUGAGCACCAAAGCCCCACAUCCUUCUCUGCCCUCUUUGCUGUCCUCCUCCUGGACUGGUUGGCAUGUGUAUGGAAUAAAAAUGUGUCGGCGCUUUUGUCUUGCUGGAUCCAAGUAGCAGCGCUAGUCUGAGCCAGGAGAAUAGGAGCUAGAGGGGAGAGCAGAGCUGUCUCCAUUCAGUCGAAGAAGAGAUACAAGGGUGCUUAACGAGGAAGAAGAGAAAGAAGAAGAAGAAGGAAGGGGAGCCUCCAGUGCUAAAGAUGCUCUAGGGUUGUCAGCAGCUCUUUCUUCCUGAAAUGGACUGAGUCGAGCAUCAGCUGACUCAAACUCACCUGAGACGACCGAGAAGGGGAGUCGACGCAGAGCACAGAGGAGGAAGGCAGAGACAAAAGUCAGAAGAUGGAAGAGUCUUCGCAGGACGUCAGCCAGAUGACCAGCCAGCAGGCUCUCUGUGACCCCACUGAACGGAAAAGCAGAAAGCGCCUCUCCACUCUCAAAAUGUUCAUCAUAGCGCUCUCCUUCGCCUACUUCUCCAAGGCGCUGACAGGCACCUACAUGAAGAGCUCCAUCACUCAGAUAGAGAGACGCUUCGACCUCUCCAGCACGCGCGUCGGCCUCAUAGACGGCAGCUUUGAGAUGGGUACCGCUUUACCCGCGCAGCCCAGCAGUCCAUCUGUUCGUCUUCAGAACACGUCACUGUCGACACUGCUGUCAUUUUCUAUUCCUUCUUGUCUUUCUCUGACGUCAGGUAACUUGCUGUUUCUCGCCGUGGUCAGCCAUUUUGGGGCUCAGCUCCAUCGGCCCAGACUCAUCGCUGCCGGGUGUUUGCUCAUGGCCGUCGGCGCCCUUCUCACGGGCCUGACGCAUUUCUUCAUGGGAUUCUAUAAGUAUGACACAGUUAUUCAGGUUCUCCAGAACAGUAAUGUGAGCAUUCCAGCAUGUGUGGAUCCUCUGAAGACUGUCGACAUGCCAGAAAUUCAGAUUGAGCCUUCUGUGGAAGACAGCAAAGGUUGUGAGAGAGAGUCCAGCUCCUACAUGUGGAUCUAUGUGUUCCUUGGGAACGCUUUGCGCGGGAUCGGAGAAACUCCCGUCACGCCCCUGGGCAUCUCGUACGUCGACGACUUCGCUAAAGCGGAAAACUCUCCUUUCUACAUCGCUUGUCUCCAGACUAUUACUCUCCUGGGCCCCAUGUUUGGAUUUCUCCUGGGUUCCUAUUGUGCUAAACUUUACGUUGACAUUGGAUAUGUUGAUAUUGAAAGCAUCACCAUAACUCCAAAAGAUUCCCGCUGGGUGGGGGCCUGGUGGCUGGGCUUCCUGGUAUCCUCUUCCCUGCUGCUGGUCUCCAGUAUCCCUUUCUGGUUCUUGCCGCGCUCGCUUCCCAAACAAGGGCAUGAAACGGACAAACCCACUGAUCCUCCCUCCCUGAUCCUCGUUGGGGCAGAGAGUGCACAGAACAGCAACCAAACCAUCAAGCUGACCGAAAUUGCAAAAGGGUUCCUUCCGUCACUGAAACGUCUCUUGGGGACCCCUGCUUACUUCCUGCUUCUUUGUGCGAGCAUUCUGAAGUUUAACUCAUUUAUAGGCCUGUUGACUUUCAAAGCCAAAUACAUGGAGCAACAAUUUGGACAAUCAGCAUCCAGAGCAAACUUCCUCAUAGGAGUGCUGAACCUACCUGCAGUGGCCGUGGGAAUCUUUUUGGGGGGCCUCCUGAUGAGGAGGUACAAGCUGAGUGUGGUGUCAGGAGCCCAGCUUUCUUUUGCCACAUCUUUCAUGGGGUACCUUCUCUUACUACUGCAGUUUGGCACCAAGUGUGACAACAGGCCAGUGGCUGGCCUCACUGUAUCAUACAAUGGGACACAGAGUGUAUCAUACAAUGUGGAGAUGCUCUUCUCAGACUGUAACAGAGACUGCUCUUGCUCGCCAGAUGAGUGGGACCCCGUCUGUUCGGACAGCGGCAUCACCUACGUCUCGCCAUGCAUGGCGGGCUGCCUCAACUCAAGCGGACGCGGCAAAAACACAGUUUUUCACAACUGCAGCUGUGUCUCCACCUCUUAUCCGCCUGGCAGCUCCAUGUCAGUGAGGCUGGGUCAGUGCCCACACGCUAAGGACUGCAGCCGCAGCUUCACCUCCUACAUGGCUGUUUCUGUUCUCAGCUCCUUCAUCAACUCUCUGGGAGCCACGCCCGGCUACAUGGUCAUCAUACGCUGCAUCACACCAGACCUCAAAUCCCUCGCUUUGGGUAUUCAGACUUUGGUAACCAGGACUCUUGGUGGAAUUCCAGCACCUGUGUAUUUUGGAGCUCUGAUAGACUCUACUUGCCUGAAGUGGUCUAUCAAGAAGUGCGGGGGAAGAGGGGCGUGUCGCAUUUACGACUCAAAUAUGUACAGAAUCGUUUUCCUUGGUCUGAUUACUUGCCUCAGCGGCACUUCCUAUUUCUUCAUGAUUGCCGUCAUCGUCCUCCUGAAGCGACAGUUUUGGAAAGCAGACCGGGAGACAGAGCUGCAACAACCCAGAGUGGCAAAGGAAAGUGGAAUUAUGGUUCAGCUGGACAUUCAGGAGAAGAGCAGUGCUGGGAACACAAGUCCCAAACUGUCUUCUGACAAAACAGACUCUGCUGGAGUUGAGAAAGACUUGGAAGGAUGAGGGGAAAUAGUCAGAACAGAGCGACUCAUUGCAAAUAAUAGUCUAUUUUUCAUAAAUAUAUAUGAUGGGAACCUGACAGAGACUUCAGGUGAGUUGUUUUUCUUUCUCAUAGAUAGUCAGAGAAUGUUAUCAACAAAACCUCUGGUCUAAAAAAGAUCAUUAUUUCCUAAGUCGUGCAAUAAAGCAGGCAGUUCAAGUUAGUCUUCUCUUGCUAUGUCUGUUUACCUCCAUAUUGGUUAUCAUGUAACAGUUCGUUUUACUACUACAGACAGGUUGAGCAGCAAUUUAAUAUACUGACCUUUUUGUACAUAUGACAACGCUACAUCUCUGCCAUGUUGAAAGCAAAACUGAUUGUUUAAUCAAACCUCUUGUUUAAAAAUGCUAUUUUUGGCAAUAAAUAAAUCCUUCAGUAAGA